AUGUUUCGGCCUUCAGGGCUUACCCACCUUUCCCAAAGGCGUACAUUUUCGAGCUCUACGCUUCAGCUUGCAGUCUACAAAUCCAAGUCCUUCAGCAGAAAAACUAAAUACGAUCCGUCCAAAAACAGAAAAGGUCCCGGCAAGGAUAAAAGAUUCAACAAACUUUUAGUUUCUGAGAAUUACAGGAAGAGCGCCACUGAUCAGGAAGUUCACGAGAAACUUCCAGUGUUUUCUGCUGAAAAUUUGCACCUUGAUGAGGUUGCUAAAUUCAAGAGAACAAGUUACCAGAAAUUGCAUAUCCUUGGUGCAUUCAAACCAAACCAGUUCAACGAACUGUACUCCAGGCCUAUUACUUUAUCGCGAAGAGUUGAGACUAGUCAAAUUCAUGAGUUUUUCACCAAGAGCUUGACUUCUUCAUCGAAAGAAAACAGACUGAUCAUAACGGGAGAUUUGGGGGUUGGUAAAUCGACGAUGCUUACACAAUUUCAUGCUCUAGCACUUGAACAAGACAGUGUAAUUCUUCAUAUUUCGAACAUGGAUGCUCUUGUUGACGGUUCCAGUGAUUUUAAGUACAACAGUGCAACAGGGUUGUAUGAACAGCCAAUGGCUACCAGAGACUUGCUCAAGAAGUGGUUUGCAUUGAACAAGAAUGUUUUCAAUAAAAUAAACCUUUCGAAACCAUACUCUCCAGUUUUUGAAUCAACCAAGAAGCAAAAACCCAUUGGUUUCACCGAGAAUAACACUCUACGUGAAGUUCUAGGAAAACUUUUGUAUAACCCUGCAGUGAGCCGUGCCAAUAUCUUUCAGUUUUUGAUGGACGAACUUGCUGCUCAGAAAAGCAUCCCUGUGUUCUUGACGAUUGACAACUUCAGUGCCCUUUGUCACUAUGCGAACACUAAGUACAGAGACAAGAACAACAAUCCAAUCUAUUUCCAAAAAUUCAAACUGCUGAAGACUUUUGUGGAUUUUAUCAGCGGUGACAAGACAUUCGAGAAAGGUGCAAUUGUCACGGCGACAAAGUUUGACCACAAGGAUAAUGACACCAUCCCUGUUGCGCUUGGAUUACGGGAGCCAGAUUACUACGCCAAGUUUGAUCAGUGGGAUCGCAAAUUCACUGAACAGCUAGCUAGAAACGGCAAGCCAGAACAUAUGCACAUCAAUAGAUUGAGCAAAGAACAGGUUCGUGCUCUUGUGGAGCACAUGCUGGAAUGUAAGGUGAUUCCCCAUGAAGUUGAAAAGAGAGGAUUCUCAAGACAGGACGAUAUUCAGGAGGUUUUGCCCAGACUAUCCGAAAUGGAGUACUUGCUCUCUGGAAAUGGAAAUCCACGCGAGCUCUAUAAGAACUGUGUUUUUUCUUACAUAUGA